AUGCUAAGUGUCAGCGCUUUGAGCCUCGUCAGUCUUUUGGGUCUGGUCAGGGGCUACGGCUAUGGCCCACCGCAGCAGCCGCUGCUGAGGAACAUCAUCAAGGUGCGGGCCAGCGGCUUCAUGCCCUUCGAAUCAGAUUUCCUGCUGCCUCUGGGUAUCCUGCGGCAGCUGCAGGCAACCGAUCGCGCCUCGCGCUUCAUCGGCCAUCGGCCCAAGAGCAAGCCACAACCCAAGCCCAAAAAGCCACAGCAGGUGCGCCUGGAACGGGCUCAUCCUAGGGGUGGCAAGACCCAGCAUCCCGGCACCCAGAUGUACAAUCUCAUCGACGAUGAUGGCGAGCUGCUGCUCAAUCUGAGAGUCCACAACGAACAGCAGCAGGUCAACCCAACAGCCCAGGGCAACCUCCCAGGGAGUCAUCAAGCUAUCAUUCCGGGGCACCACCAGCUGGAGGAGCCAUCGCCCUACGACUCGCCCUGGCUGCCAUCCAAGUGGCGGCCAACGACAGCCAGUAGCCUGCUCCUUGGAGUCACCUCAUCCUCGCCACGACCGCUGCCCCUGCACCAGUAUCUGCGAGGCAGCGGCAGCAGUGGGAAUCGGCUCGAGCAGGACACGGCCAAGCGACGACGAUAUGACUGGCCCCACAAGUGA